CAUCUCAGCACACCUCAUACUCUACCACCCAAAAUCCACACCCAACCCACUCAAAAUGGCCGGAGGACUGCUUAAAGACCCAGCAAUCGAGCACCAUGCUCUGAUGCGCCACUCCGCCGACACCAGAUUCAAGUUUACGUCCAAGAUGGCGCGUCAGGCGAUUAUGAUGGCUGUUGUUAUUCCGGUUGGGAUUUAUUACAUUGCUCAGUGGGCUGAGGUGAGAGCAGAGUGGGGGGCAUUGCGUUGUGGAGCGUGGAGUCUGAGUCCUUGGUGAGGUGAGGUGGAACGUGGAUGAGGACAAGCACUUCAAAUAUACAGGAGUUGGCAAGAGCGAAACCAUCACCAAGUCCAGCAGGUGGGAGAAAUAGAGGGGAGGGUGCGGAUAAUGUACGAAUACAAUGCGCGAUGAAAACAU